AUGGUAGACAUAGAAUCACGCAUCGACACAGUCGAAGAGCUUGAUGUUAUUCAGGACGAUCCAAAGAAAUGGCCGAGAAGAAAGAAAUUCUUUAUUCUUGGGGUAAUAGCGUUCGCUGGAGUAACAGCUCCAUUUUCAAGCACGAUGUUUUGGCCCGUAUUACCAGUCAUACAAAAGUCAUACAACACGACAGAAGUGGCCGCAAACUCUACAAUAGGAGUGUUUGUCCUGUUUAUGGGAAUAUGUCCGCUCGGCUGGGCUGCCUACUCGGACAAACGUGGAACAAGACGCAAUGUUUAUAUCUUGUCGUCUGCAAUAUUUGUUAUUGCGUCGAUAGUCUGCGCUUUGUCACCAAGCAUCUGGUUGCUAAUUAUUAUGAGAGCGUUACAAGCAUGUGGGUCAUCCGCAGUGCAGAGUGUUGGAGCUGGAACUCUAAGCGAUUUGUAUAGAGUUGAAGACCGUGGAACUGCAUAUGGCAUUGUCUACUUGGGAGUUCUAGUAGGUCCAUUAAUUGGACCUGUCAUUGGUGGAUAUGUCGACAAAUUCUUUGGAUGGAGGUGGAAUUUCUGGUUACUUGCGAUUCUUGGAGCGAUCCUGUUGGUUCUAGUAUUCAUAACACCAGAAACCUUCAGAGAACCCAAUGAACUCGUGAAGCCGAGCAGACGGCAAAAGACCGAGACUGAAGAAAAAAGCGUGAUAGAUGACAAAGAAAAUGAAGCUGAAAAGACAACAGUAGCAUAUGACGACAUAGUGCAGGAUGAAGACGGCUUGAAUGAGACAAAAAUAAACAAAAGUCAAAUUCGCAUUGACACUACUAUUUCUAUCAACUCCCCUUCUCCGGUCUCUCCUAGUGCUACUCUUUUUACUACAUCUCCAACCUCUCCGACUGACACGCUAUUUCCUUCAUCUCCAACAUCUCCUGCUACUCUCGUUUCCUCAUCUCCAACGUCUCCUAUUUCUAAACCUUCUCCCUUAAAUCCAACAACUCCACCUCAAUCUAAAGAAGAUCUUAAUCUCAUAUCGUUUUUGCUCCUCAUUGUAUCACCUCUCCUUCUCCUCCGUUAUCCAAAUGUCACGUUUAUAGUAGUAUUUAUUUCCGCAAUGUUUGCAAUGUUAUACACACAGGCCACACUUGUAGCGGUCACAUUUCAAGAUAGCCAUUACGCUCUUUCGCCCUCAUUGACUGGGCUUAUAUUUUUAUCUAGUGGGGCAGGAUAUAUGUCAGGAAGUGUAGUAGGAGGGAGGUAUACGGAUAUAAUGCUUGCGAGGGAGAGAAAAAAGAACAAAGGAGAACAGUAUGCAGAGAUGAGAUUGAAAAGUGCAUGGCUAGGAUCCAUUAUUUUACCUAUAUCAUUUAUGGCUUAUGGCUGGUGUGUAGACAAAGAGGUGUUUAUUGUAUGGCCUUUAAUUGCCAUGUUCUUCGGCGGGUUAGGGGUUCUUUUAACUUUUACAAGUAUGGCAACUUAUCUCAUUGAUGCAUUUCCCGGAUUUUCAGCAUCAGUCAUGUCUGUAAAUAUUUGCCUCCGGUAUCUUGCUGCUUCUCUAAUGUCCAUCAUCGCUGCUCCAUUAAAAAAUGCGAUUGGUAAUGGAUGGUUAUUUACAGCAUUGGCUUUUCUCAACGUCAUUGGAGCUUUUCUUUUGGUAAUUGUGUAUAGUAAAGGGCGAGAAUGGCGAGAGAAUAUUGGGAAAAGUCAUGAAAAGGUUGUUGAGGUCAACUUAAAGUCACCUGAUCUAUCAUAA